AUGACUACAAUUCGUCUCCUAGGAAGUUGUACAAUAGCCUGCUGUAGUGCAGCAUUUACAACUUUAUUGUACAAUUAUUUUCACCAAGAAGAAACAGAAGUGUUAUUUUUUUAUGGAACUCUGCCACUUUGCAAUCUUCACCGAAAUAUAACAACUAUAACAACCACAAUUCAAAACAAUGAGUGCUUUCAGUGCAAACUUAGCAUAAUUAUUGGAUGGCUCAAUAAAUCAAAAAAAACUUUGGACAUCUGUAUGUACAUGUUGAAUCAUGAAUUGCUAUCAAAUGCAAUUAUUGAUGCUCAUAAGCGUGGAGUUAGUGUCAGGUUAAUUCUAAAUGAAGAUAAUCUCCAAACUACAUGGAAAAUGGGUAAUAUAGGUAUCUUAAAAAGAGUAAAUAAAGGUAAACAUAAUGAAAAUUUAAUGCACCACAAGUUUAUUAUUAUUGAUAACAAAAAAGUGAUCUUGGGUUCUAUGAAUUGGACUAAAGUGUCAGUUCGAGCAAAUUGGGAAAAUGUAUUCAUUACAAACAAUUGUGAAUUGGUUAAUCCUUUCAGACAAGAAUUCCAAAGGUUAUGGAAACAAUUUAAUUAG